GAGGCGCAGUGGAAGGCUGCGGGGAGUCAUUACCGGGAAGGAAUCCUCUUGCUGGAGCUGGUGAGUGCGGCUGAGGUUGUAAGCCAGCACGGCGGACCUGGCAGGUGUGCAGGACGAGCACCUGGCGGCCGAUGGCGCCGGGCACGAGCAGCUGGCGGCCGAUGGCGCCGGGCGCGAGCAGCUGGCGGCCGAAGACGCCGGGCGCGAGCAGCUGGCGGCCGAAGACGCCGGGCGCGAGCAGCUGGAGGCCGAAGACGCCGGGCGCGAGCAGCUGGCGGCUGACGGUGCCCAGCGUGAGCACCUGGCGGCCGAUGGUGCCCGGCGCGAGCGCCCCGGGAUAGCGAGAGCGAGGAGGCUCCGCGGCCCUGCGCUCGCCCCUCUCCGACCGAGGCGUUUGUUGCGCCAGGCCCAGGCAGCUAUGGAAGUCUUUCGGGUCCUGGCCCUGACGAUGAUGGCGUUGCAACCAGGGGUGGCUGGUGGAGCCGAGAUCGUCGGGAACUCCAGCGUGGGUGUUAUUGAAUUUUCUGUGGGGAAAUUUAGAUACUUCAAGCUCAACAGGCCCUUUCCAGAGGAAGCUAUUUUGCGUAAUAUUUCCAGCAAUGUGACUUUUCUUAUUUUCCAAAUACACUCACAGUAUCAGAAUACAACAAUUUCUUUUUCUAAGGAGAUUGUGCUUCCUAAUACCUCAGGAACAGGCACUGACAAAGGACUGGUUUUUAUGCUCAGACCUGAGCAGAGUAUGUGCUUUUGGUACUUGGAGACUUUAGAUGCUGAGCCUGUCCAAAAUGUGGCCAUUCCACUCUCCUACUCAGAAAGAGAUCCUAUCCCUGGAGGCUGUAAUUUGGAGUUUGAUUUAGAUAUUGAUCCCAACAUUUACUUGGAGUUUGAUUUCUUUGCAACAAAUAUCAAAUUUGCCCCAGCAAACCUGGGCUAUGCGAGAGGCACAGAUCCUCCGCCAUGUGACAUCAGGACGGGACAGGACUCUAGGUGGAGGUUGCAGUAUGAUGUCUAUCAGUAUUUUCUGCCUGAGAAUGACCUCACGGAAGAGGGGUUGCUGAAGCAUCUGCAGAGGAUGGCCGAAGUGCCUCAGGUGACGGCCAGUGCCAUCAAGGUGGCUACCCUAACAGCUAAUGAUAAGACAAGUGUUUCCUUCUCCUCCCUCCGGGGGCAAGGUGUCAUUUAUAAUGUCAUUGUUUGGGACCCAUUUCUAAAUACAUCUGCUGCUUAUGUUCCUGUUCACACAUAUGCUUGCAGUUUUGAGGCAAAGGAGGGUAAUUGUUCUUCACUUGGAAGAGUAUCUACCAAAGUGUUUUUCACUCUUUUUGCCCUGUUUGGCCUCUUCAUUUGUUUCUUCGGACACAGAUUCUGGAAAACAGAAUUAUUCUUCAUAGGCUUUAUCUUCAUGGGAUUCUUCUUUUACAUACUGAUUACAAGACUGACAGUUAUUAACUAUGAUGUUCGCCUGAUUCUGACAGCCAUCAUGGGAAGCGUUGGUGGGAUUUUCCUGGUAGCUGCGUGGUGGCGAUUUGGAAUCCUCAUGCUCUGUAUGCUGUGUGUUGGACUAGUGCUGGGCUUCCUUGUCUCGUCAGUGACUUUUUUCACCCCUCUGGGAAACCUAACAGUAUUUCGUAAUGAUGGUGUGUUCUGGGUGACCUUCUCUUGUAUAGCUGUUCUCAUCCCAGUAGUUUUCAUGGGCUGCCUAAGAAUGCUGAACAUAGUGACUUGUGGAAUCAUUGGCUCCUAUACGGUGGUCUUGGCUGUUGACAGUUACUUGUACACAAGCCUUUCUUACAUCACUUUGAAUGUACUCAAGAGAGCACUCAACGCUCACUUCCGCGGAGCUUUCACAAAUGUGCCUUUUCAAACCAAUGACUUUAUUAUCCUGGCAGUAUGGGGGAUGCUGGCUGUAAGUGGAAUUACGUUACAAAUUAGAAGAGAAAGGGCGCGGCCGUCGUUUCCUGCCCACCCAUACAAGCUAUGGAAACGAGAGAGGGAGCGCAGAGUCACAAACAUUCUGGAUCCUAGCUACCACAUCCCUCCAUUGAGAGAGAGGCUCUACGGCCGAUUAACCCAGAUCAGAGAGCUCUUCCGGAAGGACCAGCCAGCUGGAGAGAGAACACCCCUGCUUUUCUAAAUGCCAAAGGGCUUGGUCAGCGUGAUGUUGAAGUACAGCUCGGGCACUGCCUCAGCUGUGGUGGUUAUGUCCAGCCCACUUUGCCAGCCUCCAGGGCAGGUCUAAUAAGAAAACGGGCUUAUGUGUCUGCUUUGUACGAUAUUGUGGUCUCCUUAUUGAUGUAUAGUAACGAUAUGCCAAGGGGAUUGUGAUAAUUCUAAGGGAGAGAGAAAGAUGACCAAAAAGUUGGCGGUGGGGAGGUUAUUUUCCUUUUUUGAAAUAUUUAAUUACCUUUUGGUUUAUAUGGUUAACUUGUUCCGUUAUAUAGAUGCACACACAAAAAAUAAAAAAAAAAUAAUAAAAGUGAUUCCCCUGCAGAGCUCUGGUGUUUCUUUUUGUAACUACUUGAACAAUUCUCUCACCUCAGUCUGUCUAAACCUGUGGGGCAGAGGCACAGAAGUGGUUUGAUUUAAGUGUUAGACGGAAUCUUUUUUGGCCAUUGUUUGGAGGUUUAGGGAUUUGAUACUGGGCCUUUGAACUUCAGAGUACAAAA